AUGUGUCAGGAGGGUGUUGCUAAACACACUCAUUUGGGUAUACAUAACAAGUGGGAGGGUGUGCAAGGAUUUCAAGGUUAUAAUCGAAAACUAAGUGACUAA